AACUUCGGGAGUGUUGUAGACAGCGCAAUCGAAUCGCAAUCGAACUAAUUCGUCAGGAAUUCCGUAAAUUGGAACCGCCGUAAUUGUGCUAACGAGUGUUCAAUUCCGCCGGACGUCGCCGGGGUGACGUAAGAACUCGCUCGCAUCGAAACCUUUGCCAGCCAGUGUUGUUGUGCAGAAUUGUGUGGAGUGCCGUCUACCUCCCAGCAGUUCCAGACUAGUGAAAAUAAAGAGAAAAAAUCUCCCCCUCUACGGUGAUUCUUGAUUGCCCACGGAACCGGACGGGAAUUGAAAGUGCUCGAAUUUUAUUUAUCCGAGCGAGAGCAGCUGGAGAAUCAACCGAAGGCAUUAGUACAGCGAAAUAAAUAAAACAUGCCGCAAACGCCCAUCAACUCGCUGGACGAGCAGGACAAACUGCUGAGCGAUGCCAUCACCGUGGUACGUGCCCAGGCGUUCCAGAUGAAACGCUUCCUGGACAAGGGUCGCCUGAUGGAGGCCAUGCGCUGUGCUUCCACCAUGCUCGGUGAACUGCGCACGUCCCUCCUAUCGCCGAAAAGCUACUAUGAGCUGUACAUGGCCAUUACGGACGAGCUGAGGCACUUUGAACACUACCUGCUGGAUGAGUUCCAAAAGGGUCGCAAGGUACCGGACCUGUACGAACAUGUCCAGUACGCCGGGAACAUUGUGCCGCGAUUGUAUCUGCUCAUCACGGUCGGGCUGGUUUACAUCAAGACCAACUCAUCGCUCAAAAGGAGCAUCUUGAAGGAUCUGGUUGAGAUGUGCCGUGGAGUUCAACACCCGCUGCGUGGUUUGUUCCUUCGGAACUACCUUCUGCAGUGCACCAGGAACAUUCUUCCUGAUGUACUGAGCAAUGGAGACGAACACGAAGGCACCGUCAUCGAUGCGAUCGAUUUCGUGCUAACCAAUUUCGCCGAAAUGAACAAACUGUGGGUUCGCAUCCAGCACCAGGGUCAUUCGAGCGAGCGGGCUCGCCGGGAGAAGGAACGGGAAGAGUUGAAAAUCUUGGUUGGUACCAAUUUGGUUCGGCUGUCCCAGCUGGAGUCGGCCACAUUGGAGAUCUAUCAGCGGUUGAUUCUUCCCGGGAUUCUGGAGCAAGUGGUCAGCUGUCGCGAUGCCAUCGCCCAAGAGUAUCUGAUGGAGUGCAUCAUUCAAGUUUUCCCGGAUGAAUUCCAUCUGCUGACGUUGGAUCCGUUCCUGAAAUCCUGCGCCCAGCUUCAACCCGGAGUUAAUGUGAAGAAUAUCAUCAUUUCGUUAAUCGAUCGACUGGCUUUGUACAACCAGAGAAACGGGAAAGUCACUCAAACCACUUCUGGAACGGAAAUCAUUUCGGCAAUUCCAGCUGAGGUUCAGCUGUUUGAAAUUUUCAGCACCCAGAUUGCCUAUAUCGUUCAGUUAAGGACGGAUAUGCCGCUGGAGGAUACGGUUUCGCUGCAGGUGGCACUAGUGAGUCUCGCCCAGAAGGUCUACCCCGAUCGGGUCGAUUACGUCGACAAGGUGCUGGAGACGACGGCGCAGAUACUCGAUCGCCUGAAUAUGACCAAGUAUUGCAUUUCUCACUCUCUAUCUGUGAAUCAGGAACUGUCGCGUCUGCUACGUCUUUGCGUAGAUUUCUACAACAACAUUCUAACGAUCCUGCAGUUGCAGUUCUUCACCCCGUUGCUGGAAAAAUUCGACUACACCUCUCGGAAGGCCCUCUCCCUAUACAUCGUAAUGAACGUGCUGGAAAACGAAACCCUCAUCCCGUCGGCCGAGUACGUAGAUAGUGUUUUGGGUAUGCUUUCACCGUUGAUCCGCGAUCAGGACGAUCAACCGGGGGACAAAGUCGACGUGGAAGACUUUGCCGAAGAGCAAGGAAUUGUCGGUCGAUUCGUGCACCUGCUACGCUCGGAAGAUCCGGAUACGCAGUACAAGAUACUGACGGCGGCGCGGAAGCAUUUCGGUCUGGGUGGACAGCAACGGAUACGGUACGUCCUGCCACCGUUGGUGUUCCAGGCCUACCAGUUGGCAUACAAGUACAAAUCGAUUGCCUCCGAGGAUGAGAUGUGGGACAAAAAGUGUCAGAAGAUUUUGCAGUUCUGUCACAGUACAAUUGCCGUGUUGGCUAAGUCAGAGUUGCCGGAAUUGGCCUUGCGGUUGUAUCUGCAGGGGGCGUUGUGUAUUGGACAGAUUGCCUACACGAACCACGAGACGGUGGCGUAUGAUUUUAUGACCCAGGCAUUUUCCCUCUAUGAGGAUGAAAUUUCCGACUCCAAGUCGCAGUUCGCCGCCAUUACGCUGAUUGUGUCGACGGUGGAACAGAUGACGUGCUUCUCGGAGGAAAAUGCGGAACCCCUGCGGACAAACUGUGCCCUGGCGGCUUCCAAGUUGCUGAAGAAACCGGACCAGUGCCGAGCCGUGGUCACCUGUGCCAGUCUGUUCUGGAGUGGAAAACAAAACGGUCCGGAGCUGCGUGAUGAGAAGCGUACCCUCGAAUGCCUCAAGAAGGCAGCCAAGAUUGCCUCGCAGUGUUUGGAUGUGGGCGUCCAAGUGCAGCUGUACGUCGAACUGCUGAACCACUACCUGUUCUACUACCAACGAGGGAACGCUCAGAUUACGGUUUCCAUGCUAAAUCAGUUGAUUGCGAAAAUUAACGAGGAACUCCCCAAUCUGGAACCGACAGAGGAAACCAAACAGAUCGAGAUGCAUUACCAAAACACGCUGGCCCACAUCCGAAGUCGGAUGGAGAGCAACGACAGUAGCCUGGAGGUUUCGUUCGCUGGUAUUACGUUAAAUUAAAGUCGAACAAAAAGAAGCAAGCAGUUUUAAGUCAAGAAAAGUGGUAAGUUCUCAUUUUUCAAUUCUCAUUUCAAGUCGGAGGGCAUUUAUUUUGGAGAUCCAUAUGGACAAAGAGGAAAAGUAUGACGAUUAUUUAUAGGGGGCAAAAUACAAAAAAAAAAAAAAAACAGUCGAAACCAAGUUAAACUAUAUUGCGAAAAAAUAUGAAAUCUGAGAUAUAGAGAGCUACUAAUUUGAUAAGACUACUAGGAGAAUCGGUUGACGUGAGGGGCUGAACAUGGAUUAUGAAAUCUUUUAGAAGAUUACAUCUUUAGUAUCGAAUAUUAAUAGGUCUAUUAUAUUGCUCGUAAUGAUUGUGUAAUAAUCUGAAAACAAAAACAGAAAUUUAUGGACAUUGAUAAAAUAUAAACAACUUAUAAGUUAUGGAAA